CUCUCGGAAGGAACAUUUUAGUAGUAAUUGGAACACCACGACCUUCGGAGGUUUCUGUUUUGGGCUUUGACGUGAAGUUUAACUCAGGAUUUUAAAGAAGUUAACUUGCAUGGCUUUGUGUUAACCUUCGUGUAAGGAAGUUCUCUUUUCAAGGUAUCGAGCUAAUUUCAUUUGCGCAACCAACCUUCGAAGAGAAAAAUUACGUCCGUGCGAGUCCACCCGCGUAGUCUUGAUUGUCAGUUGCCGAAGUCAUUGUCAAACAAACUAACAAUGCAAGAGUCCAGCGCAUCAGAAUCCAUACCAACUUCUGCAACACACCAAACUCGAGAGGAAAAUAAGCCUCGCCGAUCUCCUCCUCCUCUUGUGUCUAUGGACGGAACUCGUAGGGACUCGCUUGUGGGGCUCCAAAGACUUGUUUACAGCUCGCAAAUAUUUACGCAUUCACGAACAUCGCACGAAGAUCCCCGCCCUGUGGCGAACAUUGGCGAGAACGUGGUGGAAGUCAAACCAGGUCCAAGAUCUGCUCAUUCGCAGACUCGACCAAGUCUCCCCAGCCCAAAACCCAAGAGAAGCAGGACUUCGUUCACGCCGACGCAGUUAGAGCGACUAGAAGAGGAAUUUUCAGUGGAUAUGUACGUGGUUGGUUUAAAACGAAUGAAGCUGGCAAACGAGUUAAACCUGUCGGAAAGACAAGUUAAAGUCUGGUUCCAAAACAGGAGAAUGAAGUACAAAAGGGAAAGAGCAAAGUCCAGAUCAGACGGAGGAAAAUUAAACUGAGCGGACUCAACUCUACGUUAUUUAUUGUAUCAGAUUCAGCAAAUAAUCAUUGUGUAAAUACCUAAUAUUCCAUAAAAUAUAAGGCGAGUGCAUAUACCUGAAGCGUGCAAUUAUAACGGUUGACUUUUAUUGACAUUUACCUUAAAUUUUGCUGACAUUCCUUGAUUUAUUACAAAACAGAAUUAUGGGAAGCAAUACUAAGUGGAAAGAAAGUCACAUUAAAUAUUGUAUCCCGUAUAUCAGCCGCUAGGUUUUUACAAUAAGCACUUUUUACGAAACUAUAACUACUUUUUAUCUAUACUCACAGGACGAGCAAAGCUGGCCUAAAAAACGCGAUGUAAAUGGGCGCUUUUCUGCACACAUUGCAGAAGUUAUGUAUUAUCAUGCCACCGCCCCUGUACUCUUCCUGAUGACGACCCACAUGAGCACUAGUUGUUGAAAAACGAAUCAAAAAAUUAAUCGCACAGCAGCCCGCACUUGAUCAAUGAAUCAUGUUGAGAUACAAAAAAAUCACAAUGAAACAAUAAAGCAAGGGAUCAAGCAAACCACUAGCUACAUCGACUGCCCUUUGAGAGAAAACGAGAGCAAAAAAUAUCUCUCGUAAGAAUUUGUUUCGUAUUCUUAACAAGACAAACCACUUGAGAACGUCCGUCUCUAUGUUACUAAGGAUGCUCUGAGGCACGCUUAUGACUUGUAUAGCAAGUAAUGAUUACAAUAUGGGUACUUGGGAACCCUAAAUGCCUGCGAUCAG